AUGGGUGGAUCGCCCCCCUGCGGCGAUUCGGUUAGAGCAGUCAAAGACCAUCGUAGGCAAGCCACCACAUCUCAACGAUGGCCCCAGAAGCAAGUAGACGACCAGCCGAUCACCUUUUCGUCUGAUGAUACACUUGGUGUGCAUCUCCCUCAUAACGAUCCUUUACUCGUCGUCCUCGGCGUCGACAAGUACGACGUCACAAAAGUGCUGAUCGAUACCGGGAGCUCGGUCGAUAUCAUUUUUCGCGAGACUCUCGUGAAAAUGGGAAUCGAUCUCAACGAUGUCAAGCCUUCUACUCGGACUCUGACGGGAUUCAACGGUUCGUCAGAGAUAAUCGCGGGCACAAUCCGCCUCUCGGUUCAUGCAUGCGGAGUCACGCGAACGGUCAAGUUCUCUGUGGUCGGCUCCAAAGCUCCUUACCACGUUAUACUUGGCACCCCAUGGUUGCACUCGAUGCGAGCAAUCGCAUCAACGUACCACCAGUGUGUUAAGUUCCCAGGGUCAGACGGAUCAAUCAAGACUCUGAAAGGCGAUCAGCAGGCUGCGCGAGAUCUCUUGAUCGCCACGGUUAAAAUUCAGCGCUCCCAAUCACUCGUCAACUCGGUCUCUCCUCCCACGAGCAAAGUCUGCCCGCAAAAGGAGGAGGUUCUCGAAGUACCAGUCGACGAAUCGGAUCCGAGCAAAUCAGUCCGAGUAGGCGCAUUUCUGCCCGACGAAAUGCAGCAGAAGAUUCUCGAGUUCCUUAAGCAAAACCUAUCCACAUUCGCCUGGACAAUGUCUGAUAUGAAGGGAAUCGAUCCAGCUAUCACGACCCACGAGCUCAAUGUUGAUCCCAACUUCAAACCCAUCCGGCAGAAGAGAAGAAAGUUGGGACCAGAGCGAUCCAAAGCAGUCGCAGAAGAAGUCGAGCGUCUACUCGGUGCCGGCUCAAUCACUGAAGACAGCUACCAGUUGCCUAGCAUCGAUCGCUUAGUCGAAUCGACGGCCGGCAACGAGAUGCUGACGUUCAUGGACGCCUUCUCGGGCUAUAACCAGAUCCUGAUGCACCCAGACGACCGGAAGAAAACCGCUUUCAUCACUGACCGGGGAACUUACUGUUAUAAGGUGAUGCCAUUCGGGUUGAAAAACGCCGGGGCAACCUACCAGAGGCUCGUUAACAGGAUGUUCGCCGACCAGUUAGGGAAAACAAUGGAAGUUUAUAUCGACGAUAUGCUCGUCAAAUCCCUCCGGGCCGACGACCACCUAGCACACUUGAAGGAAUGCUUCGCCAUCCUAAACAAGUACGGGAUGAAGUUGAAUCCCGCAAAGUGCACGUUUGGCGUCUCUUCGGGCGAAUUCCUUGGUUACAUCGUCACGCAACGAGGAAUAGAGGCUAACCCGAAACAGAUCUCAGCAGUCCUGAACCUCCCCAGUCCGAGAAACUGCCGCGAAGUUCAGAGACUAACAGGACGCAUCGCCGCCCUUAAUCGUUUUAUCUCCCGAUCUACUGACAAGUGUCUUCCCUUCUAUGAUCUCCUCCGAGGGAACAAGAAGUUCAUCUGGGAUGAUAAAUGCGAGGACGCGUUCGUUCAACUCAAGCAAUACCUGACGACUCCUCCCGUCUUGGCCAAGCCGGACGUAGGAGACGUUUUGUCUCUCUAUAUCGCCGUCUCCUCGGCAGCCGUCAGCAGUGUCUUGAUCAAGGAGGAUCGCGGCGAGCAGCGUCCGAUUUUUUACACGAGCAGGCGCAUGACCGGCCCGGAAACCAGGGCCGGCCGGCUGACCAAAUGGGCAAUCGAACUGAGCGAGCUUGACAUUACAUACAAAUGUCGAACAGCCGCCAAAUCUCAAGUCCUCGCCGACUUCCUUGUCGAGCUCACGCCAGAACUUGCACAAGACCUCGACGUCCCGAGUCCCAAUUGGAUUCUUCAUGUCGACGGAUCAUCGACGAGUAAAGGAUCCGGUGCUGGGGUCCAGCUUCAGUCGCCAACAGGAGAACUCAUCCGCCAGUCUUUCAGUUUCGGCUUCCCGGCUUCUAACAACGAGGCAGAGUAUGAACCGUUGAUCGCCGGUCUUCGUCUCGCCCGAGCCGUCAAAGCCAAACGCUUGAGUGCUUAUUGCGACUCGCAGCUCGUCGCCAGCCAGUUUAGCGGCGACUACGAUGCUCGCAAUGAUAGAAUGGAUGCGUAUCUCCGAGUGGUUCAGGAGCUCGCUAGGGAAUUCGAUUUCUUCGAACUCACCAAAGUUCCUCGCGGAGAGAACGUUUGCGCCGAUGCCCUAGCCGCACUCGGGAGCAAACUCCACGAUCAGGUCAAAAGGACGAUACCCAUACAUCGGAUCGAUCGACCGAGCAUCGAUUCUUCCUCCGACGAAAGCUCUCCCAUCGCUCCAAUCUUUGCAACAACUCGACGAUCCACUAUCGAUCAAACCGACACUGAGAUGCCCGAUCGUGACGAUACCCCAGUCGAUUGGCGGGUCGAGUUCCUAGACUAUCUCAUACGAGAAGAACUGCCGAACGAUAAGUGGGCAGCGAGACGCCUGAAGAGACGCAGCGCCCACUACGUCAUCAUGAACGACGAACUUCACCGAGUGACCGCGAACAAAGUUCUCUUAAAGUGCAUCCAGGGCGAUGAAGUACGCCGAGUAAUGGCUGAAACUCACGACGGAGCAGGAGGAAACCACUCGGGAGGCCGAGCACUCGCCCUUAAGGUUCGAAGCUUGGGAUUCUUUUGGCCGUCUAUGAACACUGACUGCGAAGCAUACGCUCGUCGGUGCGACAAAUGCCAGCGUCACGCUCCGAGCAUCCACAGUCCCACUGAGCUGUUGCGGACAUCUGCUGCCCCUUAUCCGUUCAUGAGAUGGGGGAUGGACAUCAUCGGGCCAAUGCCGAACUCACGCCAACGUCGUUUCAUCCUGGUCCUCACCGAUUACUUCACUAAAUGGAUUGAAGCCGAAGCGUUCUCUCAGGUAACGGACAAGGAAGUCCGCACCUUCGUCUGGAAGAACAUCAUUUGCCGUCAUGGUUUACCAUACGAGAUCAUAACGGACAAUGGCUCUCAGUUCAUGUCCGGAAACUUCAAAGAGUUCUCAAUGGCCCCCGCCAAAGUUAACGUGACAAGUCUUCGGCGCGCCAAGAUGCCGCAGUUCGUCGAGCUUAAUCAAGAUAUGCUCCUCGAUGCCCUCGAUGAACUCGAGGAAAAACGAGAUCAAGCGCUUCUUCGGAUCCAAAAUUACCAGAACCAGAUCGAGAGCUACUAUAAUAAGAAGGUAAAAGCGCGCCCUCUCGAGCUCGGCGAUCUCGUCCUCCGAAAAGUCUUCGACAACACAAAGGAGCUCAACGCUGGCAAGCUAGGGACCAAUUGGGAAGGACCAUACAAGAUCACCCGAGUCGUUCGACCAGGCGUCUACCGACUCGAGACUUCCCGCAGAGAGGCAGUUCCACGAGCCUGGAACUCUAUGCAUCUUCGCCUCUUCUACCAAUAG